CGUCUUAGAUACUAUAAAAAGUCAAAUAGGGUAAAAACAUAUGUGUUAAAAGAGAGUUAGAAAGAUAAGUGCAAUUAGAUGGAUCUUAAUUCUUGUGCUAUUUUUUCUAAGACGGUAACCAACUUAAUCAUCCACACGUCAUAAAUAAACAAUCGAACAGAGAUAGAACAAUAUUUUAAAAACCGAACAAAGUAUAUAAUCAUAAACCAUUAAUUGAUUAUAAAUAAAAAAAAAUACUAAAAAAAGGCAGCUAUCAGCCUAUCACCUUUAGACCCUCGUUUGAAAAAACGUUUACACCCCCACAUCAUCAAAUUUUCUCCCAUUCAUUCUUAUGUUUACGCUACAACUUCUUCCUCCAAAAUUCCACCCUUUCAACCCAAAAAAACAACACAACUUAAAAUUAAAUUAAACCCACUGAACCCAUACUAGAUCCGCCACUGUACUCGAAAACCCAGAAAUGGUUAAACCAUUCAAACUAAACAUUUUCUUUCUCAUAAAUUUCUUCAUCUUACUAUUAUACUCAUCAUUUUUUCAAUCAAUUUUAGCAGAAACAGAGUUAACAGCUUUAAUGGAUAUUAAAUCAUCUUUAGACCCAGAUAAUAAAAUCUUAAAAACAUGGUUAAAUGAUGGUGACCCAUGUACUGGUUCAUUCGUCGGAGUUGCUUGUAAUGAUCACCGGAAAAUUGCUAAUAUUUCAUUACAAGGAAGAGGACUCACCGGAAAAUUGUCGCCGGCGAUCGGAGAGUUGAAGAGUUUGUCUGGGCUUUAUUUGCAUUACAACUCUAUUUCCGGCGAGAUUCCGGCGGAAGUUGGUGAACUAACUGAGCUCACUGAUCUUUACCUAAAUGUUAAUAAUUUUACGGGGAUUAUUCCUCCUGAGAUUAGUCACAUGACUAAUCUUCAAGUGCUAGACCUAUGCUGUAAUCGCUUGACUGGCAACAUUCCGGCACAACUAGACUCCUUGAGUAAGCUUGGUUCCCUCUCUUUACAGUAUAACCAAUUAGAUGGUUCAAUUCCUCCAAGCUUGGGCAGCUUGCAUGUGUUAAAGAGGCUCGACUUAAGCUAUAAUUUCCUUUCUGGACCCAUUCCUGCAACCAUAGCCAACAUCCAACAGCUUCAUAUUCUGGAUGUCCGGAACAAUUCUCUCUCAGGAGCUAUUCCGGCCUCAUUAAAGAGAUUGGAUACAGGAUUUCUAUAUGGAAACAAUACAAAGUUAUGUGGAGCAGGAUUCCUUUCCUUGAGAGCUUGCACUGCCUUGGACAAUUCAAAUGUAGAUUUCAACUCACCUCGGCCAUUUGAUUUAAUCUUCAAAAACCACACAACACCGAAGCAUGAUGAACCCAAGAAUGCAAGUUUCCAAACCAAAUGUAGCUCUACUAAUUGCUCAAAAUCAACAAAAUUCCCUCAAAUUGUCAUUGUUGUUGGGGUUAUUACAGCCUCAGUAACAAUUGCAGUAGCAGGAUUUUUGACAUUUUUUAGAUAUAGACGGCAGAAACAGAAGAUUGGCACCAUGGUAGAAGCCUCUGAGAGUAGGUUCAGCACUGACCAUGCUAUUGAUCUGCAGAGCAAGAGCGCCUCACCGCUGGUCAGUCUAGCAUACUCCACAGGUUGGGAUCCACUGGCAGAUGGUUUAAAUAGUGGAGACCUCUCCCAAGAGGCUCUUCAGAGCUUCAGGUUCAACUUGGAGGAGGUGGAAUCUGCAACACAGUACUUUUCAGAAGCAAAUAUGUUGGGAAGAGGGAACUUCUCAACUGUUUACAAAGGAGUUUUGAGAGAUGGAUCUGUUGUAGCUGUUAAAAGUAUUAGUGUUAAUAGCUGCCAGUCUGAAGAGGCGGAGUUUGUGAAGGGGUUGAACUUGCUAGUUUCACUCAGACAUGAAAAUCUUGUCAGCUUGAGAGGGUUCUGUUGCUCUAGAGGUCGGGGGGAGUGUUUUUUCAUCUAUGAUUUUGCUCCCAAGGGAAACCUUCUAAAGUAUCUUGAUGUAAACGAGGGAAGUGAUCUUGUUCUUGAAUGGUCGAUUAGGGUUAACAUCAUCAAUGGCAUUGCCAAAGGUCUAUGUUAUUUGCAUGAAAAGAACGAUAAUAAACCUUCAGUGGUUCACCAAAAUAUGUCAGCAGAAAAAAUAGUGAUAGACAACCAAUAUAAUCCAUUGAUCUUGGAUUCCGGGUUACGUAAGAUACUAGCUGAUGACACAAUCUUCUCAGCACUCAAAGUAAGUGCAGCCAUGGGAUACCUAGCCCCGGAGUACAUAACCACAGGUCGAUUCACUGAGAAGAGUGAUGUAUAUGCAUUUGGAGUGUUGGUCCUACAUAUUCUAUCCGGGAAGCAACAGCUAACAAAUGCAAUGAGAUCAGCUGCUGAAUCUUCCAAAUUGGAGGAUUUUGUCGACCAAAACCUCAACGGGAAAUUCUCUGUGACUGAAGCCUCAAAGUUAGUGAGACUCGCGUUGAAUUGCACACAUGAGCUUCCAGAUGAAAGACCAUACAUGGAGGCUGUAAUCCAAGAGCUAAACAAACGCAAUAGUGGUUCUUGAAGGGGCUUAAGUGCAGCUUACAGCUGAUGAUAGGCAUCAAUGGUUUCCUUUGGCCUUGGAGGCUUCCUUUUGAACCACUCGAUGAGAAUCUAAUGAGUGAUUUUAGUUAAGUUUUUGACACUUUUUUUCAGGAGGUCAUAACCUAAUGUUGAGAGUGUAAAGAUUUGUAAAUUAGGCUAUUAAAAUAUAGAGCAUCAAAAUGAUUUUUGCCUUGA